GAUUAUAUGGAAUUAGUUAAAGGUAGACUGGAUUCAGCCAGCGAAUCUACCCUAAUGACAAGCAUAAUUAAGGAUAUUCUAUUCUCGACAAAAGAUACAAAGAAGCAUACUGAGAUGACCUAA